AUGGCGCAAACAUCGAGCCGCCGCCCAGGCCCCUUUUUACCUCUUGCAGCAGAGGUCCGGCAAGCUAUUCUCUGUCAGUUUGACGAUGUUGCAACAUUAGAAUCCGCUUCAGCAGCGGAUCGUUCCCUUGGCGCCGCAUUCUCUGGGGCUCCUUCAAUUGUGCUGCCGAGAGUUUUGCACAAUGCUAUUCCAUCAGGGUUAUUGCCAGAAGCGCAAGCUCUUCAGGCUUCAUAUAAUCUGGAUUCGAAAUCCCGAACAGUUGAGCGAGUGACCGAAAUUGUGGACGCCUUCGUACGGCGUGAACCAGCCGACUUCACCAAGUGGGCUCUGCCGGAAGCUCGCUACGUCAGCGGUUUAGCACCCGUUAUUGAAUUCUUCAUUGAUGAUUUUGCUUCGUGGGCGUGCUCCCGUCGACGAAACACAACAGCCACAGUCGCGCCUAUCUCAUCCAGCGAGAGAUGCCGUAUUGCGCGGGCUUUCUACCGCUUUGAGAUUUACUGCAACCUUUUCCGACCAUCUAGAAGGGUUUCCCUCGAUGCUGAGACACAGGAGGAAUUAUUUAUCCGACAGUUUGCACCCUGGGAGACUGAACAGCUGUGCUGUGUUUAUGAUUACCUAGUUGAAAAAAUAACCCCAGCUUUUAAUGAUAUUGCUGAACAUAAUAUUCAGUGGGGAGAAUUCAGUGUCCCGUUUGAUGCUGGACACCCUGGCGCUGAAGAGCGUUAUGAUUAUGUUGUCUCCUUAGGGCUCUCUUCUAUCUAUCAAGUCGUAACUGCAAUGACUUAUGAAGAGCGCUAUGAAGUGUUAUCUGAGCACUUUGGAAUUGCUGAAGAUUUCCUUCUUCACACUUUGUGGCAGUGUAGAAGCACGGAAGAGUACGGACGCCCGCUUUCUGACUAUGAUGAAGUCACCAAACAAGCUCUGAUUGCCCCGCCUGCCUUGGAUGAUCCCGAUCCAGGUCCCAGAGAUAUUUGGUACUGGGUGCAUGCCGAGGACACCUUUGAAGAAUUCAUCUACAGUGACCGCCAUAGAUAUCUUCGACGGAGAGGUUAUGUCUUGUGGGAUGUUUCUAGGCUUCGACAAGAAUGGAAAUUUCUAGACGGACAUUACGCAGAUCCCCCUGAUGAAGCACUCGAGCCCUUAGACGACAAGCCUAAGUUGACCCAUAGCAUGGAGGAAAUGCGAGAUUCGUGGAAGCAAAGGUCGAAGAUCUAUGCGGCCGGAGGCCGCGGGUGGUGGAGCAAAGAUGACGAGAGCAAGGUUGUCUACCCAACUCGAACCGACGCGGACGUCCGGCGAGAAAUGCAGAAAGAACCCCUUCCAGACACAUGGCAGACUUUUAUCGAGUUUCAGAAAACUUUUCCUAAGGGUUAG